AGCUGGAGCGCCGGAGGAAGAGCAGGAUCAGCUGAACUACAGAAGAAUAAACAACCAGGAUAUUUAAUAAAGAGCAGUGUUAAACUGCUGAAAGAGGUGAAGCACAAGCCGUCCAGAAGAAUCUCCUGAAAACGCAGAAAUUGUUUGCUGCAUUUCACAGACAGAUGGAGCCAAGUCCCAACAUGGAGAAACAUCAGCACUCUGUCAAGAGUUUUACUAAACAGAGUGAUAUCAAAAAACACCAGCGCAUUCACACAGGAGAGAAACCACAUCACUGCUCAGACUGUGGGAAGAGUUUUACUAAACAGAGUCAUCUCAAAAAACACCAGCGCAUUCACACAGGAGAGAAACCAUAUCACUGCUCAGACUGUGGGAAGAGUUUUAAUCAACAGAGUACUCUCAAAAUACACCAACGCAUUCACACAGGAGAGAAACCGUAUUACUGCUCCGAUUGUGGGAAGAGUUUUACUCAACAGAGUCAUCUCAAAAUACACCAGCGCAUUCACACAGGAGAGAAACCGUAUUACUGCUCAGACUGUGGGAAGAGUUUUAAUCAACAGAGUGCUCUCAAAAUACACCAACGCAUUCACACAGGAGAGAAACCGUAUCACUGUUCAGACUGUGGGAAGAGUUUUACUGAACAGAGUACUCUCAAACUGCACCAGCGCAUUCACACAGGAGAGAAACCGUAUUACUGCUCAGACUGUGGGAAGAGUUUUACUAAACAGAGUAAUCUCAAAAAACACCAGCGCAUUCACACAGGAGAGAAACCGUAUCACUGCUCAGACUGUGAUAAGUGUUUUACUGAACAGAGUAAUCUCAAACUGCAUCAGCGCAUUCACACAGGAGAGAAACCGUAUCACUGCUCAGACUGUGGGAAGAGUUUUACUUUACAGAGUGAACUUAUAUUACAUCAGUGCAUUCACAAAAGAUAGAAAAGUAUCCCAAAUCUGUUCCUCUGCCAUAAAAAUGCAAACCUUAAAUCUUUCAGACAGCCAAAAACACCUCAUCAUGCACAAAAUCUUCACUCUGUUACAAGAACUUCAUUUAAAAAUGGCUUUUUACAGGUUCAGAAAAAUGAAUCUUAUCCAGAGAUGAUGUUUACUGAAUUUCAUGCUGUGUUUUUAUGUAUGUUUGUAUACCUACAUUAGUUAAUGCCUGCAGAGCUCUUCAACACUUAGUGUUGUGUUUUAAGAAGUUUUUACACACAGAAUCAUAAAUGGUACCACUAACAGCAUAAACUAGGAACAUACAUUUUUACAAUUUUUUCAGUGAUAUGCUGAAUAAAUAGUAAAGCGAUGAUGCUAGCUCAGAGUAAAAUCGUAUAUUAAAUCUCAGCAUUAGCUUUAGAACUAAUAAUAAACAAAAGUGAGGAUUUUAUCAUUCUGGGACAUUUUUAGGUUUAAAAAUUGAAUAUGCUUUGCCAUAAGUAGGAAAUGAUCAUUUGGUCAACUUAUGUCAUUUACAGCCUUAACACAUUCUCAAUUGUUUAAAUAUAAAAACUUUCUUUAUUUUUUCCUCCACUCCACAUUUGUAGUUUGUAGUUGGAGCGAGGGCACUGCCAGUGUUUGCUCCAGAUGUUAGAUUAGCAUUACUUAGUCUUUUAAAAUUUAGAUGUCGUAGUUUAAAGGAGUAGAGUAUUCUUAAGAGUAGAGAAUAUUCUUAGCUUGCAACAAAAGGCCAACAAAAUCCUUUUCAGAGUUAAAAAAAAAACAAAAAAAAAAAAAACGGUCUAGCUGUAGUUUCCAUACUGAAAGCAACACUCAGCAGGCUGUGCAGCAGUAAGACUGCAGGAUCCUUGAUUCCCUCUACUGCACAUGUGUCAAACACAAGGCCCGCGGGCCAAAUGUGGCCACAUCCAAGCGAGAGCUUGUAAGAUCUUAGUGUCUAUAAUAAAUAGGUCAGAAGCGUUCUUUGACCAAAAACUACAUUUCCCACAAUGCUUGUCGAUUGUAUUAUCCGCGAAGUUACGGCUUACUGCCACUACACGGCAGUGUAGUCAUUGAUGUGGAAACCCUGCCGGAGGGAAGGCGUAACUUCGCGGGUGGAAUUGAGACAUACAAACGUUUAUCCCAUAAUGUACAGAAAAAGAGAAGUUGAUGCAGACGGACGGUUGUGCUUCAAGGCGAAAGACCGGUAUGCCUUUUGUGUUACGAAGAGUGUUACUGACCAAAAUAAACGCUUUUUAGAAGAGAUAUAAGUUCUGUGUAAAUAUUUAUAAGACAAUAUAAAUAUUAAUAUUAAUAAACAAUCAUUUUAAUAAACAUCACUGUGACAGCGCUAGUCACAGUUUCACCACAGCAAAGGACGAGGACGUGAAUCACUUAUCUAACCAGCCUGUACUGAUUUCUGCCCCCAAUAACCCUUUCAAUAACCUCCAAUAGCCUUUAAUAGUCUUCAGUAGCCUUCAACAGUCUAACCUUGCAGCCAUGGUGUGUUCUAAACUCCGUAGUUAUAAACAUCCUGAGGUUAGCAGCGCGCUAACUGACCUGUUUAUAAUGUUAUCCGAGCAGUGACUCCGUGACGGCUGCUCUAAACUGCUGCUGUUAGCUGCUUGGGCUGAAAGAUGAACUGUAGAGAGUUGUAUUAUUCGGUUAGUGGGGUUAAAAUCUUUAUUUUCUACACAGAAGAAUUUUAAAAACUGUAAAAACGCUCCAGACUGCCUCAGCUGAGCCCUGUAGCCCGUGGCUGGGCUGUAGCUCUGACUCAGUAAAGACUGCGGGCUUGUGCUGCUGCUGCUGCAGCUCCGACUAGUGGUUGUAUGAGGAACUGCUAAAUCUGAGGAAAUGCUAAAUCUGAGGAAAUGCUAAAUCUGUCACAUGUUCUUAACAGCUCACAAUUUUUAAUUUUAUAUUUAUUAAGCCUUAUUUCAGUAUCAAACGUUUUGAUCAAAGUUAAUGUAACUUGUAUUUUAUGUCAUUCCUAUUCACUAACAUGACAAAUUAAAAGGAUUUAUGUUAAUAGAGCAACAAGCAAACAUUUUUUCCAUGCAACUGUAAUAUUUGAUUGAAUAAAUAGUAUAUUGAGAGUUAUUUAACAUUAAGGAGUAAUUACAUUCAUUUUAUAUUACAUUUGGUUACAUUUUAUUACAUUUAUAAGUUCCAUCUGGCCCUCAGAGGACAGCCAAUAUGCCAAUGUGGCCCUCGGCCAAAAUGAGUUUGACACCCCUGCUCUA